AACUUUAAAAAUAAAAGUAUGGUUACAGGUAUAUAUUUUAAGAAGUAUUCAGCAGUUGUAAUGCUACUUGUUACCUAUGCAAUUACUCUUGCCACCGCUUCUGGCUAGCUGUGUGUCCUUGGACAAGUCAUAUUGUUUUUCUGAGUCGCUGUUAAAUUUUGGAGUCAUGUCAAUUUGGGGGACAUUUCUCAUUCUCUCUCUCCUUGUAUGACCUCCACACUGUAGUUACAUCUUAUAUGUACGAUGCCUUCAAAUUUAUCUCUCCCUGAGAUCUAAGUCUCUUGAAUCCAAAACAUGCCAACUCAGUAUGUCCAAAAGUGAACUCAUGAUCUUUUUUCCCCAACACUGAUUAUGUUCCCAUCACAUAAUCUUCUGUCAACUAUUCAUCACAAUUUCAAUUAUUUUUUUCAAUGCUUUCUGCCUUUCCAGACUAAACUCUGUAAGAGUAGUAAUUUUGUCCUUCUUCUUUAUCCCUCUACCUGUAUCUCUAGUAUUUAGCACCUGACUAUAAGUUAUCAACUUUAAUGUUGAAUGAAUGAAAACAAAAUUUGUCCUAAAGGAACUUGAAAUACGAUUUAUGAGAUACAAAUGGUGUCUCUCAUAUAUUAUUUGCUGCAUGCCAGCUGAACUUGUAGUCGAUAAAGCCAUGGAGUUGAGGUUUGUGGGUGGUGUCUAUGGUGGCAACAUAAAGCCAACUCCCUUUCUGUGUUUGACCUUGAAGAUGCUUCAAAUUCAGCCUGAGAAGGAUAUCAUUGUAGAGUUUAUCAAAAAUGAAGAUUUCAAGUAUGUCCGCAUGUUGGGAGCACUUUACAUGAGGCUGACAGGCACUGCAAUCGAUUGCUACAAGUACUUAGAGCCUUUGUACAACGACUAUCGAAAAAUCAAGAGCCAGAACCGAAAUGGGGAGUUUGAACUGAUGCAUGUUGAUGAGUUUAUUGAUGAACUGCUGCACAGUGAGAGAGUCUGUGAUAUCAUUCUGCCCCGGCUACAGAAACGCUAUGUGCUAGAGGAAGCUGAGCAGCUGGAGCCUCGGGUUAGUGCUCUAGAAGAGGACAUGGAUGAUGUGGAGUCCAGUGAAGAGGAAGAAGAGGAAGAUGAGAAGUUGGAGAGAGUGCCAUCACCUGACCAUCGCCGGAGAAGCUACCGAGACUUAGACAAGCCCCGUCGUUCUCCCACACUGCGCUACAGGAGGAGUAGGAGCCGGUCUCCCAGAAGGCGAAGUCGAUCUCCUAAAAGGAGGAGCCCGUCCCCUCGCCGAGAAAGGCAUCGGAGCAAAAGUCCAAGACGUCACCGCAGCAGGUCUCGAGAUAGAAGGCACAGAUCCCGCUCUAAGUCUCCAGGUCAUCACCGUAGUCACAGACAUAGGAGCCACUCAAAAUCUCCUGAAAGAUCUAAGAAAAGCCAUAAGAAGAGCCGGAGAGGGAAUGAGUAAUGGACUCAGUUUGGUUUCAGUCCAAAUGGCCUCAUGUGGAUCUGAAGUCAUCUGUUUAUGUGGAAGGAUUAAGAUCUACUCCCUAGGCAGCUAUGAGAAUAUUUUAGCUCUUUUUAACCAAGUGUCUCCACUUUUUUUUUUUUAAUGAAAGAGGUGCUGAGUUUUGUAUCUCUCUUUGAGUCAUAAUCCACAUUUGAGGGAUAGCGCUUCCCAAGGGCUGCUUUUGACCCUUUGUACAACCAACCUUGACUGUACUCAAAUUUAUAAGGGAUUUCAGGGGCGGAGAGGAUGAAUGACAAGGAGAGGAUAUGGUUGCCUGUUGACCCUUUUGCUAUUAAAUUUUACAUGCCCACUUUGCA